CCAUACAAAGAAGCUCAAGCUCAAGAUGGAUUUUGUGGGUCUCGUUCAAUUUUCCCUUCAAUGCUUUGAUGUUCUUGCAUGGCCUCUACUUUCUCUGGUGUAUCCUAUAUGUUACUCCAUUAGGGCGAUUGAGGCCAAUUCGGUUUCAGAUUUUCAGAAGUUGAAUACUUAUUGGGUUGUCUUCUCAUUGAUUCUGCUAUUUGAACAUGCAUUUAUGAAGCUCCUAAAAUGGCUCCCACUGUGGCCAUACUUUAGGCUAAUCAUUGUCUUCUGGUUGGUGAUACCUCAUUUCGGUGGUGCAUUUUAUGUCUAUAAACACCUCCAAAUUGUUGUCAACUGGUUCAACAAGCGGAAGAAAUCCUCGUUUAACAGCGACAAUGUUUAUACCGAGGUGGAGAGAUAUGCACAGGAGAAAGGACCUGUGGCUCUAGAAAAAGUUGUUGCUUCCAAAUCUGAGAGAACGAAGUCAAAUCCCGAUGCCAAAGAGUUCAAAGCAGUUUCAUCUCUGGAGAAUAAAGAGGUUAGUCAGGCAGAGCCUAAUCUCACUGGAACUGAAAACAGCAGAUUUCCCAGUACGGAUAUUAAAGAAGAGGCCAUUGGGAUUGCAUCAGAGAUAGAAGUUCUGAACAUUCCACCUUUAGAGAAGGUUCAGGAGUGGACAAGUGCAGUCAGUCAGGUAACGACCCAAAGUGAUACAUCUUUUAACUCCUACCCGGACGGUAAAGUACACGAUGCUGUAUAUGAGAAACCGAAAAUACAGAACAAGGCUGAAGCUAAGCUCUCUCAGAUGGAAACCGGUACAUUUGCGACCAGGGAGACUCGUUAUGAAAAAGAACAAAGCAAAGUUAGGUUCGUUAUGAAAAAAAAAUUUAUAUGGAGAUUGAAGACUCAAAUUUUUAGAAGGAAGACGAUUAAUUACUUACACAGCACUAUGCAUGGCCUCAGCCCAAUGGGCAAGAGUCCUGGAAGCAUGGACCAACAAGGUAAGCCCAGUAUGCAUGGCCUCAGCCCACAACCCUAAACCCUUUGAUUGCAGUAAAGUUCACAUAUUUAGAUGUUAUUACAUCUUUGUGUUGGAUGCUUUGUUUGGCCUUCUAGGUUCCUUUUAUUCUC